AUGCGUGUACCUGUUAAUAUAUGUAGUCUGAGAUCUGAGAUGCCUAUGGUUGAUAUUUUUGAUACUUGUACCCUAAUGAGCAGACGGCCCUUGGCUGCUGUAAAGGGACCAAGAGGAAUAAGAACAAUGUCUCAGAAACCAGAAUCAGAGUCAGGCAUAGCCAAGACAGCUCAUUGUCCAAGCUUCUUACUAGAUUCCACCCGCGCCAUCAACCAGGUUACUGACGAAAGUAACGAUUCUAUCUAG